GUACAACGUACCCAGAGUAGGGUCAGAACCCAGGAUUCCUCACUCACUAAGCCCAAGACGCUCUCCAUUGUGUCCACUGCCUUGCGGUAGUUUCUGUUCAUGGGGCGUUUGGUUUUGGGGGCCUCUUCCUUUCUUUGGAAAAGCUUGAUUCUGGGAACAGUGAUUGGCUGUCCCUGGACACACCCGUCCUGCUUCCCCCCGCCCUACCCCCCAACUGUAUCCUUUCUCCACCAUGAACAAGGCCGUUUCUUCAAUCUUCAAAAGAGGGUUGCCAGGUAUUAGGCUGGGGGAAGUGGCAGCGCAGGGGUAGGUAUUAAUUCCAGGCCCACAGACCUAAAAGCCGGUAGGCAAGGAGGCUGCUCUGGCUCCGCCCGCUAAAGUGGGGAUAGCGCCCCUUGGAAACCGGCACGUCUUGGCUUCCUCAGGUACCAGGGCCUUUAAAAAUAGCUGAGGCAUCAUAACCGGAAAGUCCCCUUUUCAGCUCUAGGGGGGUGCAGCCAUAUUUCCAUUAGGAAAGGCGCUGCCGGGCAACCAGCAUGGUAAACACCGUCGGCCACGCCAGGCCAAACUAACCAAUGGACUCCCGCGACGUCACAAGCCCCACCCCCAGGUCCGCUGUGGCCCCGCCCCGAGGAACUGACCCGGAGCCAAAGGCGCUGCGCGGCGCCAGAUUCUAACGUCACUUCCACUACAGCGAUGGCGGCCCAGGGAGCAGCGGCGGCGGUUGCUGCGGCGAUUUCAGGGGUCGCGGGGGAGGGCGAGCCCGGGCCUGGGGAGACUGCGGCGGUCGAAGGGACUGCCCCGUCCCCGGGCCGCGUCUCCCCGCCGACCUCCGCGCGCGGCGAACCGGAAGUCACUGUGGAGAUCGGCGAAACGUACCUCUGCCGGCGGCCGGAUAGCACUUGGCAUUCUGCUGAAGUGAUCCAGUCUCGAGUGAAUGACCAGGAGGGCCGAGAGGAAUUCUAUGUACACUAUGUGGGCUUUAACCGGCGGCUGGACGAAUGGGUGGACAAGAACCGGCUGGCGCUCACCAAGACGGUAAAGGAUGCUGUGCAGAAGAACUCGGAGAAGUACCUGAGCGAGCUGGCCGAGCAGCCCGAGCGCAAGAUCACUCGCAACCAGAAGCGCAAGCAUGAUGAGAUCAACCAUGUGCAGAAGACCUAUGCAGAGAUGGACCCCACGACUGCGGCCUUGGAGAAGGAGCAUGAGGCGAUCACCAAGGUGAAGUACGUGGACAAGAUCCACAUCGGGAACUAUGAAAUCGAUGCCUGGUACUUCUCACCAUUCCCGGAAGAUUAUGGCAAGCAGCCGAAGCUCUGGCUGUGCGAGUACUGCCUCAAGUACAUGAAGUACGAGAAGAGCUACCGCUUCCACCUGGGCCAGUGUCAGUGGCGGCAGCCCCCGGGGAAGGAGAUCUAUCGCAAGAGCAACAUCUCUGUGUACGAGGUGGAUGGCAAAGACCACAAGAUUUACUGUCAGAACCUGUGUCUGCUGGCCAAGCUCUUCCUGGACCACAAGACACUGUACUUCGACGUGGAGCCCUUCGUCUUCUACAUUCUGACCGAGGUGGAUCGGCAGGGGGCCCACAUCGUCGGCUACUUCUCCAAGGAGAAAGAGUCUCCAGACGGGAACAACGUGGCCUGCAUCCUCACCUUGCCCCCCUACCAGCGCCGUGGCUACGGGAAGUUCCUCAUUGCUUUCAGUUAUGAGCUAUCCAAGCUGGAAAGCACAGUUGGCUCCCCUGAGAAGCCACUGUCUGACCUGGGCAAGCUCAGCUACCGCAGCUACUGGUCUUGGGUCCUGCUGGAGAUUCUGCGAGAUUUCCGCGGCACGUUGUCCAUCAAGGACCUCAGCCAGCCCACUAAGGAGCCCUCUAGUGCCUGCUCCACUCCCUUCCUGCAGCCAGAUGACCAGCAUCACCCAGAACGACAUUAUCAGCACUCUCCAGUCCCUCAACAUGGUCAAGUACUGGAAAGGCCAGCACGUCAUUUGUGUCACGCCCAAGCUGGUGGAGGAACACCUCAAAAGUGCCCAGUAUAAGAAACCACCCAUAACAGUGGACUCUCUCUGCCUCAAGUGGGCGCCCCCCAAGCACAAGCAAGUCAAACUCUCCAAGAAGUGAUGGCCUGGGGCCUGCCAGACCGGUGCCUCCUUCCCCCAGCCUGUAAAUAUGUACAGACCUGUUCCAUCCUUUUUUUAAUAAAAUUCUGCUGGUGGCUCUGGGCUUCCAA